GUUCCUUUAAUAGCUGCUGGCCUGGCUGGGCUUGGGCUCCUGCUUUACCUCCUGUUCCACUGUGACCGCAGCUGCUGUGCUGACUCAUGUGUCCCGGCAGCAAGCAAGAGCUGGGAGCAUGGGCUCCCCAGGGGCCCUGGCAUGCUGGGGACUUCUGGAUUACAAAACUGAGAAGUAUGUGAUGACCAGGAACUGGCGGGUGGGAGCCCUGCAAAGGCUGCUGCAGCUCGGAGUCGUCGUCUACGUGGUAGGGUGGGCCCUCAUCGUCAAGAAAGGUUACCAGGAGCAGGACCUGGAUCCCCAGAUUUCCGUUAUCACCAAACUCAAAGGGGUUUCUGUGACCCAGAUCAAGGAGCUGGGGAAUCGGCUGUGGGACGUGGCUGACUUCGUGAAGCCGGCACAGGGAGAGAAUGUGUUCUUUUUGGUGACCAAUUUCCUUGUGACGCCAGAACAAGUUCAGGGCAGAUGUCCAGAGCACCCCUCCAUCCCGCUGGCUAACUGCUGGGCCCACGAGGACUGUCCUGAAGGGGAGACGGGGACACAUAGCCACGGCCUGGAGUUUGUCUUAUGUUUUCAAGGCAUAAAAACGGGCCAGUGUGUGGUGUUCAACGGGACCCAUAGAACCUGUGAGAUCCGGGGCUGGUGCCCCGUGGAGAGCAGCACUGUGCCUGUGAAGCCCCUGCUGGUCCAGGCCAAGAACUUCACACUGUUCAUCAAAAACACAGUCACCUUCAGCAAGUUCAACUUCUCCAAGUCCAACACCUUGGAGACCUGGGACAACACCUAUUUCAAGCGGUGCCGCUAUGAUCCACUCUCCAGCCCCUUCUGCCCAGUGUUUAGAAUCGGGGACCUUGUGGCUGCGGCUGGAGGGGACUUUGAGGACCUGGCAUUGCUGGGCGGUUCUGUGGGCAUCCGUGUCCUCUGGGAUUGCGACCUGGACGCUGGGGGCUCUGACUGCCGACCCCACUACUCCUUCCAGCUGCAGGAGAGGAGCUACAACUUCAGGUGCCACCCCCACGGCCCCCAGUGCCUGCCUCAGCCAGGUCCCCCUCCACCUGUCCUCCUGUGGAGGCCAGGUCAGACCCCAUCCCAGUCCAGCCCUCUGGAUAUUCUGCGGACAGCCACUCACUGGUGGGAGGCCUCCGGUGUGGAGGCCCGGAGCCUGCUCAAGCUCUACGGGAUCCGCUUCGACAUCCUGGUCACUGGGCGGGCAGGGAAAUUUGGAAUCAUCCCCACAACCAUCACUCUGGGCACUGGAGCAGCUUGGCUGGGCGUGAUCACCUUCUUCUGUGACCUGCUGCUGUUGUACGUGGAUGGAGAAUCCCAUUUCUACUGGACGACCAAGUAUGAGGAGGCAAAGGCCCCGAAGGUGACCUCCAACCCUGAGCAGACAGAGCCGGCCUCCGCACCCCCACACCUGGCUGCCCAGGUGCCUUAGAGGGGUCCAGCACCUUCCCCCAGGGCCACUGCUGCUGCUGGGACCGACAUCGAUGCCAGGGUGGCCCUGCCCAGGCUCUGUCCCCUGGUCCAUUCUUGAGGCCUGUAACCAUUUCCUACUGGUUGGGGGUUGGGAAGGGUAGAGGCCCCACCUUGGGGACCUCAUGGAUGAAGCCCCAGCAGAACCAGGCUGGGGGGUGGGAGAAGAAUUCUACCUUCAACUCCCAGGCAGAUUGUCCCUCCCCUGACUCCAGCAUCGGGGAGCAACUGAAACCAGUCUUGUAUAGAGCUCUGCAAUGGAACAGAAGCUAUAGAGAAGAGCAGAGCCCUGGGCAGCACAUGGCAGGGCGCUGGUCCAGUGGGGCUCCCGCUGUGUCUGUGUCUGUAGAACUCUCUCCCAGGCUCCGCCUUCAGUGCUCCCAGCAGUGGCCCACUCACCAGCUGUCAGCACUGGCCCUUCCACUGACUCCAGCCCGGCCUGGCUCCCAGCCCUCCUCCCUCUGCCAGCGCCCAUCACAGGUCGAGCCCCCACCCUCUCAGCUUUGCUGCACUGGGGGCUGUGCAGCUAGAGUCCACAGCAAGCUAGGGAGGCCUGACAAGAGGGGUUGUCUCAGCUGCUCUGCUGCUGGGUUGCCUAGGGCAGGUACCAUCCAGAUUUGGUCCUUGUCCAUGGAAUGGGGAGUGGGGUGGCAGACGAUCCAACCCACCAGGACCCCAGGCAAGGGCACAGGCACCUCUUGGGCCCACAUCUGCUCAGCGGGAGUAUUGACCCCUUUCCAGUGGCAGCUCUCUGCUUACGGAGGGCUGGAAUGGGGAGGAGACGAGGAAGGGUUUGAGUUGGUAGUCACUGGGGUCUGUGUGACCUUCUAUAUACCUCCUUGGUGGCCACCCCCCCAGCCCAACCCCCUUGAACCUGCUCACUGGGCUUCCUGGGAGCCAUGGGGGUGGAGAGGAUGUACAUCUGGAAUUCACUCCUGCCCAGUGUCACGCCUAAAAACUUGUCUGGGUAACUGCAUGCUGGAGGCCUUGACCAUGACCCCAGGUGGAACCCAGUGGCUGAAGGAAUGUCCCUAACAAAGGGCACAGAGGCCCUCAUAGGCUGGCCCGGUUUGGGCUUUGGAAUCCUCCGGGGGUCUGAGUCCUGCCUGCUAGAGACUUUCCGUCGGCUCUGGAGACCCACGGUCAGAAGGGGAGGGACAGGACACCCAGGAGUCAAACCCUCUCCUGGUCCCGGGGCAGGGGCAGGGCUUUGGGAGUACUCACCCCAGGGAGGCGAGGGGCUGCUUCCUCAUAGGUCCCUGCUGACCAGGGGCGUGCUGGCAGCUUGCCAAUGGAGUGACAAGGGCCAGUUGGGGAGGGAUGGAUGGGGCUCAGGCUGUUGUAGCAUCUGGAAUCAUCUGGACCUGAAGGCUCAGCAGAGCUUUGGAUCCCUGCUGCCUCUCAAUCACGAGUAGUGGGCACGGGCAGGGGAGCUCCAAAGGGCCAGGGUGAGAGAACAUGGCCUUGAGGCCUGGUUACUGGAGCAGGGUCACAUGUACCUGAUUGUCCUCGGGCCCAGAGAAAGCUGGUAACAUGGCUGCAAGAAGUUGAGGAGUGGGGCAGCCGGUUGGCUCAGUUGGUUAGAGCGCAGUGCUCAUAACACCAAGGUCGCCGGUUCAAUUCCCACAUGGGCCAGUGAGCUGCGCCCUCCACAACUAGAUUGAAAACAGCGACUUGACUUGGAGCUGAUAGGUCCUGGAAAAACACAGUGUUCCCCAAUAAAAUUUUUUUUAAAAGUUGAGGAGUAAAGCCUGCCAAAGCUGGCGCACCCUCCUGUGUGGUCCUUACAGGCAGGAAUAGGGAGACAUCUACAGUGGACAUAGACCAGUCUUGGGGAGAUCAGUGGGAGCAGGGGCAGAGUGGACCUGGGGACCCCCCAAGGACUGGGGCCUCACAGCCACCAGGUGGGCUGGAAGGUGGGCUGGAAGGUAUUUGGAGUAGACCUAGGUGGUUGUGUACCCAUACACGUGUGUGUGUACUAUCCUGAGCCUUUAUCACAAAGCCCUUGAGGGGGUGGGCAAGAGAGAGAGACAAUGAGCACCAGCUGUUGGCAGCUGGACCUGAGCCUGGAAACAGCUGUUGCCUCAGUCUGCAUGCAGGUGUGCUCCUCAAGGAAGCCAUGUGGACCAUGUGGGCAUGUACCUGAGAGAUGCGUGAGCUUGUGCAGCUGUGCCUCUCUAUCCCUGGGCAGCCACCGGCUCAUGCCCUGCUCUCUAGGAGCCCUGGGAAACAAAGAUGACCCCGGAACUCUGCUGCCCUUUCUAGGCAGUCGCCUUGGGGCCCAGGCUCUGCGCGCUGGAUCCACCCUUGAAGGGGACAUGUGGAGAACCUGGGGGUAGGGAGCCUGUCCUACCUGCUCCUGUCAUGGACCCUUCCUCACCUGGUACCUGUAAGGGUGUGUGUAGCUCUCUUCUGAGCUGGGCAGAAGGCACCGGCCUGAGGGCAAGACCCUAGGACCCAGGCUGGCUGUGUCCCUGAUUCAGGGUUGUCCCAGGACUGGUGCCUCUCCCUUACGGAAUCUAGGUGUCUCUGCUGAGGAUUAGGGACAAUUACCUGGUUCGGAGGGGGUGGGCAGGCAAGGACUCAGUGCCACAAAGAACGCCACAGUGGACAUAGCGGCAGGCCACAUGGCUGGUUGAGCAGUUAUUAUUGUGGAUCCUUGGGGCUGCGGGCCUCUUCCCUGCCCGCUCCACCCCACAAACUGGGGUUCUCAUAAACUGAAAGGUGCUGGGCAAAGAGUCCACCAUACCAGCUCUGGCCAUGGUCCACUCCCGAAGACCCAAAGCUCGGAACCUGG